CCACAACCAUCUAUCAGUCGUGCGGGUCAGAUUUUAUUUUUCACCAACUUUGCUCGAAUCGAUCGAUGAUUGACCGAUGGAGACUGGAUCCCAUCACUUCUUUAACGAUGAUAACAACAUGAAACACAACACUAACUACGAGUACUGCUUUGUGCUUUCAAUUCGGAACGAGAAAUACAUUCAUAGGCAUCCAUGAGACGUGUCUACGGGAAGAUCGGGUCCCCUCUGAACCGAGAACAACUAAAGCGGCGGGCCGAAAAAGACCGAAGAGGAAUCUCAGUUGCAUCGCUUUCGUCGCGGCGGCAGCAACAAACUAAUCAGCAGCCGCAUAGGAAAGUAGCAUACCGCAGAAAGUUCCACUCUAUCUGCAAUGUGGGAUCUCUGAGAUCAAUCGCAGCAGAAAAUCGUACAUGGUGUUCGGUGUCCGACAUUCGUCUCCCGACACAACAAGAGCAACAACAGUAUCCAAAAAACUUGAAACCGUUCCUUUCUCGCCAAUUUGCAAGGAAUCUCGUGAGACAGCAUUCCACGCUAGACAUGAAAUCGGUAUAUAGGAAAACUACUUCACGCCUUCUGGCGACACCACUUGGGGGUCUGGACGACAAGCUCUGGAGCGAAGCGCACAUGACCAUCCUUUGGUGGCUCAACAACUCGUGUGGCACCAACAACGAGAACGCCCCGGCAACGGUGGUUUCGUCCGACGAGGCCUCAGAAGGCGUCCACAAUGCCCUCGGUCUCUUGGACCGCAUGUAUGCGGAGGAGCAGGAGACCCUCGACGAUCACGACGGAGAUAUUCCGGAGUUCUUCGACGAAGAGUUGUUGAAUUUGAUUGUGAAUAGGUGGAGAUUGCUAAUCUCGUCGCACCAGGUUCUUCUGGAUCGCAAGGAAACCAACAGUUCGGUGCGGGCAAAAGACGAGGACGACGAAAUCACUAUGAUAACACCAAGAAACCUUCUCGAUCGCCUCUACUGCUACCAGGAAACAUCCCCGAGUUUGCAACCAAACAUUCAAAGCUAUGCCAUGAUUAUCGACACGAUUUCUUCCAUGGUGGAAAUCUACGACGAAGACUACAAAAAGGUCGAAAAGGAAGAGCUAAUGGAAACGGUGGAUGAAAUAAUAAACUGGGUCGUAGAUCAAGCCUGUGACGACUAUAGCGAUGGCACUGACAAUGGCGACGAUUUGAUUGCCAAUGACACAAUUCGAGACGAAGCCUUGCCGGGUGCAUCUUCGUCGCUGCUGAAGCAGCAACGCCGCUACGCUCCGACCCCAAACGUGGUGCUCUUCUCGAGCACAAUGAAUGCCUGGGCAAAGAGCGGAUUGAGUGGUGCACCCGAACGGGUAGAUGAGCUCUUGGAGAACAUGCACGAUUUGCAAGAAUGGUACCCAGAGUGGAACAUUGCACCCAACAAGUUCACGUAUUCGACCGCAAUCGAUGUCUGGGCCAAGGUACAGCGGGUCGAUAAGGUCAAGGAGUUGCUCCAGAAAAUGCACCAUCAAGCGAUGGAGAAAGACAAUCCAUCGCUCAAACCGGGAUUGCCGGCCUUCAAUGGGUAUCUCGUAGCCCUGGCUAGGUCUGGCAGAGUAGAAGAAGCAGAGACUUUGUUGGGCCAGAUGGAAGACCUCUACGCUUCCGGUGAAUUGGAGGAGCCACCCAGCGUCAUUUCAUACACCACCGUCAUCGAUGGCUUUGCAAGAUCCAAGCGGGAGGGCGCUUCAAUGCGCGCGGAGUCCUUUCUGCGUCGGAUGAUCGACAGCGAGGACCUUUCCCCAAAUGCCGUCACGUACAAUUCGGUCAUUAAUGCUCACGUCCAGUCCUUCAACAUCGAGGCGGCGGAGAACCUCUUGCAAGAAAUGCACGAGACGUUUCUGCGGACCGGAAACAUGGAUAUCCGGCCCACGAUGCAAUCUUAUAGUGUUGUCAUCUCGGGAAUCGCCAAGAGCCGGCGGAGGGAUUCUGGGAUACGGGCCGAGCAAAUCCUUGAGCAAAUCAAGGAGAUGGCUCGAUCAGGCGACCUCGACAAACCGCCCGAUGUCAUCCUCUACAAUGCGGUGCUCGAUUGCUGGGCCAAAUCAUCGGUUACACCAGAAACAGCCUUGAGGGCGGCUACCUUUUUGGAGAAAAUGAGGGAGGACGAAAUCGUCCCAGACGCAAUUUCUUACAAUACCGUCAUUCAUUGUUUAGCACAAUCAGGGAGGGCUUACGACGCAGAACUAAUGCUCGAAAAAAUGAAAGAAGAGGGUAUCUACCCGAACUCAAUCACCUAUAACACUCUUCUGGCAGCAUAUUUGAAUCAAACACAAACCAGAAAACUAGGAGGCUUUCACAAGGAUCGUUCGAUGCAAUCGAAUAAAACUGAUACCGAUAGAGCUGAAAAUUUAUUUGAAAGAAUGAGAAACGAUCCCAACAUCGAUCCAGACGUCGUAACAUACAACACUAUGCUUCAUGCUUAUUCUAGAGAAGGAGAUAUCGAAACGGCAGAGCGCUUGUUGCAAGAGAUGUUUCUCGAGGAUUCUCCGGUUGCUCCAGAUUCUACCAGUAUCAAUACUGUCAUAAACGCCUGGACGAAAUCUGGUAGGGAAAAUGCUCCACAGCGCGCAGAAGCUAUUUUAGAGCAAAUGCUCCACCCGAGUGAUAAUUCAAAGGAAGGACKGGAUGGAAAGCUCGUCAAAAUUCGGCCCACUUCUAUUACAUUCAACAGCGUCAUGACGGCUUGGACCAAGACCCGCAGGGCAGAGGCUGCCGAGCGCUGCCAAUCCCUUCUUAACCUGAUGGUUCACAACGAGGACGGCGCAAUUCAGCCAGAUUAUGUUACGUUCAAUAUCAUGAUAUAUGCAUGGUCUCUUUCGACCCAAGAUGAUGCACCGGAUAGAGCAGAAGCUUUACUUUCGGAAAUGCGUCAAAGAUUCAAAAGCGGUAACGCUCGCAUGCGACCUAGCACCAAGACUUAUGGAUCACUAAUCAACGUUUGGGCGAAAAGCAGACGACCAGAGGCCGGUAAAAAAGCAGAAGAUUAUCUGAGAAAAAUCAUUAAGAUAUCUGAAGGAAAGCAAAGGGGGCAUCGCCAAAAUUCGAGGAGUUUCAGAGAAGAGCAACCCCGAGUCUUUGAAUUCACCUCUGCUAUUCGAGCAUGGUACAAGAGCGACGACCCUAUGGCUAUCUACAAGGCAGACGGCAUUUUAUAUCUGCUACUGCAGGAAGUUAAAAGAGGGAAUAAGCAGGCAACCCCUGAUUCCAAACUAUUUGGCGCUUUUCUCCAGAUACUUGCCUCUAGUAUGGUUCCGAAGAAAAACAUUUAUGCAGACAGGGUAGUAGAAAUGAUGAUAGAGUUCAAGGUGAAACCAAAUAAAAUGCUACUUGAUUUGAUGAAACGAUGUUAUUCCGGUCUACAGGAGCGACCUGACAUGUUGAAUGAGUCACAGCAAGUCAACAACAAGCAUUGAAGUGUUGCGUGGCCCUCACUUUAUGUCAAUCUAUCAUUCCCAUCAUUUUGAUCGACUCCAUGCUCCUGCACAUGCCAAACAGUUUGAGGGAGAGAUAACUACCAUAAUGUGCUAGCACAGCAGUAAGUAGUGCGAAGUAUGAAUAGCAGCACUACUAUCAUCUUUUACGAUUUAAUGCAUUAGU